CUCAGAAUGCCCACACGCACAGAACCAUAUGUACCACCCUAUCAUACGCCUCCUGCGGCCACAGAAAACCUGAAUUAUGUCGACCUUCCCGUACUUGACCUGGCUAAGGGAAACACACCCGAGGGCUGGGCCGAGCUGGCGGUGACAGUCAAAGACGCAAUGACCACCCGUGGCUUCUUAACAGUUACAAACCAUGGAUGGACCGCGGAGCAGACCAAGCGCAUGUUCGAUAUUGCGAACGUCCCCUUCGAUCAAGUUAUCCAAGAAGAAAAGGAGCGAUACGUCGGAAAUAUCAAAUCGAGCGGAUCGUACCAAGGUUACAAGUUGCCCCAGUACUACCACAUUGACGGCGGCGUACUGGAUCGCAUAGAACAGUACCACAUCAAUCGCGACGUCACGAAACGCCCACAUCCUCAAGUCUUUCGUCAGUACCUGCCGGACGCGGAUGCCUUUGCAAGGCAUUGCCAUUUCAACGUUAUACAUCCCGUCCUCAGGCUACUCGCUCUAGGGUUAGAGCUACCCGAAGACACCUUGGUAAACAUGCACAACUUCGAUGCUCCCGGGGAAAGUAGUGUGAGAUUCAUGAAAUACUUUCCGCGCUCGCAAGAGGAAGAAGUAAAAACGGCGAACGUCUGGUUGAAAGGUCAUACAGACAUCGGAAGUAUCACAGUUCUAUGGAGCCAACCUGUGGGUGGUCUGCAGAUCCGUUCUCCAGAAGGCGAGUGGCAGUGGGCCAGACAUGUGGAAAACGGUCUUAUAAUCAAUGUCGGAGACAUGUUGGAAUUCCUCUCGGGAGGCUUUUACAAGGCGACCAUCCACCGAGUCGUCCAACCUCUGCCUUCACAGCGUGGAUAUGCCCGCCUCGGUCUCUUCUUCUUCGGCAUGCCUGACGAUGACGUCGUCCUAAAGCCUCUCACCGAGAGCCCUGUGUUACAAAGGGUAGGUGUCCGGAGACGAUUCGAAGAAGACCAAGCUCCCACUGCCGAGGAAUGGCGGAAGGCGAGGACUGCCGCUUACGGAGUCAGCGAGGUAAAGAAGGAAGGGGAAGUGGAGGUACAGACCCUGAAUGGCAUAGUAGUGACGCACUACAACUGA